AUGGCAUCUCGGCGACUAGCUUCGAGCCUGAACGGUGCUCUUCGGAGCCGGGCUGCUCUCCAGGCUGUGAGACCAGCCAAACGCGGCUUUGCAACCCCAAUCUCCACGCCUGCCACGACGCAGUCGACUACGCUCUCUAACGGCUUGACGAUUGCUACCGAGUAUUCUCCAUGGGCCCAGACGUCAACGGUCGGAGUGUGGAUCGACGCUGGGAGCAGGGCGGAAACAGACAAAACAAAUGGCACCGCACAUUUCCUUGAACAUCUUGCCUUCAAGGGAACCAACCGAAGAACCCAGCACCAAUUGGAGCUGGAAAUUGAGAAUAUGGGAGGGCAUCUGAAUGCCUACACUUCGCGUGAGAACACUGUCUACUACGCCAAAUCCUUCAAUGCCGAUGUUCCCAAAACCGUUGAUAUUUUGUCCGAUAUUCUCCAAAACUCAAAAUUAGAACCUUCCGCCAUCGAGCGCGAAAGAGACGUGAUCUUGCGGGAGCAAGAAGAGGUUGACAAACAAUUUGAGGAAGUUGUCUUUGACCAUCUCCAUGCCACGGCUUUCCAGAACCAGCCCCUUGGCCGAACCAUCCUCGGCCCAAAGCAGAAUAUUCAGAGUAUCGGGCGCCAGGAUUUGGUUGACUACAUCAAGACGAACUACACCGCUGAUCGCAUGGUCCUAGUGGGCGCUGGUGGUGUGCCACACGAGCAACUGGUGAAGCUUGCUGAACAACAUUUUGGCUCGCUCCCAAGCCAGCCUCCAACGUCGGCUGCUUUGGCAAUUGCAGCGGAACAGAAGCGCACUCCUGAUUUCAUUGGCUCUGAUGUUAGAAUCCGUGAUGAUACUGUGCCCACUGCUCAUAUCGCUCUUGCGGUUGAAGGUGUCAGCUGGAAGGAUGACGAUUACUUCCCUGCCCUGGUUACUCAAGCCAUCGUUGGCAACUGGGAUCGGGCAAUGGGCAAUUCGCCAUUCCUUGGCAGCAAAUUGAGCUCAUUUAUUAGCCACCACAACCUUGCCAACAGUUUCAUGAGUUUCUCGACCAGCUACAGUGAUACAGGUCUUUGGGGAAUUUACCUUGUGAGCGAGAAUAAGACGGCCCUCGACGAUCUCAUCCAUUUUACUCUCCGCGAAUGGUCCCGUCUAUCAUUCAAUGUCACCCCUGCCGAGGUCGAGCGCGCUAAAGCCCAGCUCAAGGCUUCCAUCCUCCUUUCCCUCGAUGGUACUACUGCCGUUGCUGAGGAUAUUGGCCGCCAGAUUGUCACCACUGGACGCCGUAUGUCCCCUCAAGACAUUGAGCGCGUAAUUGACAGGAUCACGGAAAAGGACAUCAUGGACUUUGCGCAGCGAAAACUGUGGGAUCAAGACAUUGCCGUCAGUGCUUUCGGCAGCGUCGAAGGCAUGCUGGACUACCAGAGAAUCCGCAACGACAUGAGCCGAAACGCGGCAUAA